AUGGGGUUACAUGGGUGCAGCACCAAUGGCCAACUAGACAACUCGAAAUUCAGCGAGCCGAUGCCAUGGAUCGGUCUCUAUGUAGCAGCAGCUUCUAUGGCAUGCACCCUCGCCAUGGCCUGCGAUGCCUUUCAUGGUUUGCGUAACAAGAAGCUUUGGUUCCCUAACAGAAACUUCUCGCUGAAUGCGACUUCCUUGGCCCUAUUAACCAUCGCCACAAAACUACCUGUUGAUCUCAAUACGUCCAUGCCCCGCCGCCAGGAUCAGCUUGCCAAGCUCAGUGGCACCGUCCUUAUCUGCACCGUGAUGGGCAACUUCAUGCCGUCUUUAGGAGUGAUGGAAGAGUCCGAGAUGCUUGCAAACUUCCUUGCGCUGUGCAUUCUCGUCAUCACUGUGGUUGUCAACAUUGGAAUCCAAAUAGGUACUGGUGUAAUUUAUGUUUUCAUACCUGAACACGCCGCAAUCAUGUUUAUCAUGCUAGUUCUGCUUGUGAUAUUGGGGUGCUCAGCUUUAACUGUUCCCACCACUAAGCAGUUGCUUGAACAACAGUUCAAAAGCAAACAUCGACAGGCUUCGGAUUACGGAUCAGACAACAUUGGGGUGUCUGCAGUUGAGAAACAGAAAGAGGAUGUGAAGAAGUUUUGGGUGAUGGCUGCUACCUCUAAUCCUCAGUAUGUUCUUGGGCGGUCUGCAUUGUCAACUGCCUCAGGAGCUUUCUGUCUCCUUGCUGCUCUGAUCUUGGUGGAAGCAGUGGUCCGAUCGCUUGCCACAGGAUAUUUCAACUUCUGUAGCGGGGAAUCUGACUACAAGUGGUCUAGUAUGUUGAUUUUGAUGUCUCAGGCGGUUGCAGUAGCAGUGGGCACCAUCGCCCCUGCUCUCAGAUGGUUUAAUGCUGUUGGCUUCCACAACCUUCAUAAAAGAAAAGGGAGCUUCAGAGAGGAGUUCCGAGUAGAGAUGUGGUGGAUUCUACGUUUCGUAGAAGCCAAAGAGAAGCAUUUGCCUUUUGGGAUCGGCAGCAUGAGCAGCAGGCGUGUUAGGAAGAUUGCCCACAUCUCCAAAAACCGAAUUCUUGAUCUCCUUAUAGCAAUCCAAACUGUGGUAGUAUUGGUGAGCAAAUCCAUUAGGAUGGUCUCGGUAGUGAUCAUGUGCUUUCUCAAAAGGUUGUCUUCCCUUUUCCACUGCAUGAGAUUACUGAAAAAUCUGGCACCCAGUGAAAGUAUUUUCAGGGAGGGAGGAUCUGAGUCAGGAUCCAAUCCGAACCUGAGGGAUUUUGUACUUCAUCUUGAGGGGGAAGACUCACUGGUCCGGUUAAUUGCAAGAAAUGGAUGCGAGUGCAUGGACCGAUGGAUAAGGAACGCCACUAAGCGUGAACCAACUUACUUGGUAGAACUGCUAAAAAAGUCUACUGCAUCAGAAGGUUUCAAGGGAGUGGGCAAGUUUGACAGUGACCAAAUUCCCUCGAUAACAUGGGCAGAACCUCCCAACUGUUGGGCUCUGCCUGUGGUGACCCUCACAAGCAUUGCAGUCGCACUUCCCAACACUGAUCCAUGCGCGAUCAAAUCAUUGCUGUGUGGAGUACAUGAAGGCCUCAGGUAUGUAAGGCUUGUAGAAAAGACACUGGAUGCCAAAGGGCCAACUAACAUGAAGGAAGCUGCAGAUAGUGUCUGGGUGGGUGUCGAUGUUUACAAUCGCUGGCUCAAUGAGAAUCUUUACAAAUUUGCCCGUGAAGGAAAAUGUUCUAAGAAGGUACUCGAAGAACUUGCAGAUAUCGGCAGGAAACUCGUUUUGGAGUUUACGAGUGGGGUCGGAAAAAAGAAAACUCCACUUGAAUGGCCUCCCAAGGUUUUGGCAGCCAAUUCGAUGUACAGAGUCUGUCAAACUAUUCUCCAAGAUUACAACAAAUUUGGGGCAGAGCACGAAUUGCUUGAAUGGUUACAGAUGACGAUAGCCGAUAUAUUGGCCGCUUGUUUUACCAACUUACCAGGUGUUAUAUCCAUGAAAUGCCUUUGCAGUGCCAUUGAAGUGAGGACAUUGAGUGUUGUGGAAGCAGCAUCUCUUCUUGGUGAAGCUGAAAAUAUUCUAGGAACCAUUGGGCAGAAAGCGCUUUCUAAUCUGGACCCUAAUCAAAUGGCGUGUAUUGAUGAAUGGCGUUUAUGCAAGAAGAGGAACCAAUCAUGUGUCCUUUCUUCGGAUGAUGGUAUGUGUGAUUUCAGUUCAGAUGAAUUGUCAUUGUAUAUUGAGUAG